GUUGCUUUUGGGGGGCCCUCUAAGGGAGGGUGGGCAGGCUGUGCUGUAGAUGAAUCCCCUUGGUCAGAUGAGCCCUGUUGCUAGCCCAGCCUGAAGUGCUGUUCAACACGGAGGCAGCAGAGGCGAUGGUAUCGCAGGCGUGCACGUUGCUGCUCUGCUCUCAGGAGGGGUCUGGGCGUUAGAGGGAGGCUUCGGCUUAUCUUCUGUGGUCAGUCAGGAAGGCGGACUGUGCUGCUGUGCUGGGGCAGCGGCGGCUUCAGUUUCUCGCUCUGGAGAGGGUGGCAAACAGGGCCAGGACCCUGCAUUCAGGAUACAGCAGCUGCGGCUCCCGGGCCUUACCUGGGCCCUUUAGGACCCUUGGGAAUUUUCCACUUACAUUACAUUUCACAUUCACGGAAGAAUUUCCAGCCCAGGCUUUUCCUGCUCUUGCUCACUGGCUGCUUCACCAACAUGCAAAGCAGAGACCUCCCACCUUAGCAGCGGCAGGCAGGACCCAGCUAGCUGCCUUACACACUGACUCAGCUCAGCCUCAGGGCAGCACGCGUGCAUCGCCCGUGUGGCAUCCUCAGGAUCAGCCAUGGAGUCUCCGGUGCCAGCCUCAGCCGAGAUGCCGCGCCAGUUCCCCAAGCUGAACAUCUCUGAGGUGGAUGAGCAAGUCCGGCUCCUGGCCGAGAAGGUGUUUGCUAAAGUGCUCCGAGAAGAGGACAGCAAAGAUGCUCUGUCCCUGUUCACCGUCCCCGAGGACUGCCCCAUCGGGCAGAAGGAGGCCAAGGAGAGGGAGCUGCAGAAGGAGCUGGCAGAGCAGAAGUCUGUGGAGACUGCAAAAAGAAAGAAAAGUUUCAAGAUGAUUCGGUCCCAGUCCCUGUCUCUGCAAAUACCGACGCCGCAAGAUUGGAAGGGGCUCCCGACAAUCAGUCCGGCCAUAUCUCCCACAACCCCUGUGCUCCCUGGGGCCACGUCCCAGCUCAUGCCAGCGCCCUAUGCCAUGCCUGAGUUCCAGCGGGUCACCAUCAGCGGAGAUUACUGUGCCGGGAUCACAGUGGAGGACUAUGAGCAGGCUGCCAAGAGCCUGGCCAAGGCCCUGAUGAUCCGCGAGAAGUAUGCCCGGCUCGCCUAUCACCGCUUCCCACGGACCACUGCCCAGUACCUGGGUCAGCCGUGGGCAGACACCACCCCUCUGGAAGAGGGCCUCCCAGACUUCCACCCUCCUCCAGAGCCCCCGGAAGACCCGUAUCGCCUGGAUGAUGCUCCCCCCAACCUGGGCUACCUGGUCCGCAUGCAGGGGGGCAUCCUCUUCGUGUACGAUAACCAGAAGAUGCUGGAGUGCCAGGAGCCCCACAGCCUGCCCUACCCUGACCUGGUGACCUAUACGGUGGACAUGAGCCACAUCCUGGCUCUCAUCACUGAUGGCCCCACGAAGACGUAUUGUCACCGGCGACUGAACUUUCUGGAAUCCAAGUUCAGCCUUCACGAGAUGUUAAAUGAAAUGUCCGAGUUCAAAGAGUUGAAGAGCAACCCCCACCGAGACUUCUAUAACGUGAGAAAGGUGGACACGCACAUCCACGUGGCUGCCUGCAUGAACCAGAAGCACUUGCUGCGCUUCAUCAAGCACACGUACCAGACAGAGCCUGACAGGAUUGUGGCCGAGAAGCGGGGCCGGAAGAUCACCCUGAGGCAGGUGUUCGACAGCCUGCACAUGGACCCGUACUACCUCACUGUGGACUCGCUGGACGUCCACGCGGGCCGGCAGACAUUCCAUCGCUUUGACAAGUUCAACUCCAAAUACAACCCUGUGGGGGCCAGUGAGCUGCGUGACCUGUAUUUGAAAACUGAAAACUACCUGGGAGGCGAGUACCUUGCUCGGAUGGUCAAGGAAGUGGCCCGGGAGCUAGAGGAGAGCAAGUACCAGUACUCAGAGCCGCGACUCUCCAUCUAUGGCCGCAGUGCCGAGGAGUGGCUCAGCCUGGCCCGCUGGUUCAUCCAGCACAAGGUCUACUCUCCCAACAUGCGCUGGAUCAUCCAGGUGCCCCGGAUCUAUGACAUAUUUAGAUCAAAGAACCUGCUGCCAAGCUUUGGGAAGAUGCUGGAGAACAUCUUCCUGCCCCUUUUCGAGGCCACAAUCAACCCCCAAGAUCACCGAGAGCUUCACCUCUUCCUCAAAUAUGUGACGGGGUUCGACAGCGUGGAUGACGAGUCCAAGCACAGCGAGCACAUGUUCUCGGAAAAGAGCCCCAGCCCAGACGUCUGGACCAGUGAGCAGAACCCGCCCUACAGCUACUACCUCUACUACAUGUAUGCCAACAUCAUGGUGCUCAACAACCUCCGCAGGGAACGAGGCCUGAGCACCUUCCUGUUCCGGCCGCACUGUGGGGAGGCUGGCUCCAUAACCCACCUGGUGUCUGCGUUCCUGACUGCUGACAACAUUUCCCAUGGGCUGCUCCUCAAGAAGUGUCUGUGCUCCUCGUUGGAAAGGCUGUUGGAAGGCGGCCCGCCACUUGGAUGGUCUGAAUUGAUUCAGCCAAUCUCCACUUGUUGGACAGACUCCAUCGAACUUUUCACUCGUAGUCCCGUGUUGCAGUAUCUCUACUAUCUGGCUCAGAUCCCCAUUGCCAUGUCUCCUCUUAGCAACAACAGUCUGUUUCUCGAAUAUUCCAAAAACCCCCUGAGGGAAUUCCUGCACAAGGGCCUGCAUGUCUCUCUCUCCACUGAUGACCCCAUGCAGUUCCAUUACACGAAGGAAGCACUUAUGGAAGAAUAUGCAAUUGCAGCCCAAGUGUGGAAGCUGAGCACGUGUGACCUCUGCGAAAUUGCCAGGAACAGCGUGCUGCAGAGCGGCCUCUCGCAUCAGGAAAAGCAAAGGUUUCUGGGACAAAAUUAUUAUAAAGAAGGACCUGAAGGAAAUGAUAUUCGAAAGACAAAUGUUGCUCAGAUCCGGAUGGCGUUCCGAUACGAGACCUUAUGCAAUGAACUCAGCUUCCUGUCUGAUGCCAUGAAAUCAGAAGAGAUCACAGCCCUGACCAAAUAGGUCCAGCACUGGACAUGCAAUUUAGCUUCUGGUUUAAUUCCAAGUCUGCUGUGAUUAACAGUGGUCAAGAUACCAAAUUAGGACUUCCCACGGAGAGGACGCCUCUGAAGAACUUUCCAACUAGUGAUUUUGGUUGCACUGUUCACUUUAAGAUAUAACGUGCCCACUUCUGUUGAUAUUUCUGAGUAAUAGACGGUGACUCCUCCUUGGAGAUCUGGGAGCUGGACACUUGUCUGUACUCCUUCCUGAUUUUCCAAAUAUUUCUCUUGAAACCGCUAGUGCUUGCAUCCUUGGGGCCAGGAUCUUCCAUGGUCCAAUGCCCACUGACGUGAGGUCUGUGUGGUUUUCUGCCAUAGUCCUCCAUUGGCCCUGCAGGCUAGUUGGUAGUUGUUUAUUUCAGCCUCUGGCUGGCUGGUUGCCUUAAACAAAAUCAAUUUCAGAGCUCCCUUUCAUAAAGGAGCUACUUUGAGAGAAUUAAAAUAGAAAACUUCCUUCUUGACAAUUUGUGUUUUUUAUGACUUUCUUAAAGUUUUAUUUAGCCCUCCUCCCUCCUUUCUAUUUAGGAAGCCAAAUGUGCACAUUGAAACAAUCACUCCUAUCUUUGUCUUUGUUUCCUCAUCUGAAAAGUGAGGGUUGGGACUAGACGAGUGGUUUUCGAACAAUGUUCUGUCAACGCCCCUCCAGGACCACUUUAGGGUCGGGGAGGGCGGGCUGUGGGGAGUGAGGUUCUGGGUGCUUCCUCAAAGCGACUUUGUUUCAUCAGUUUGACAUUGGAGUUUCUACAUAUUUUCCUUUGAACUAAGGACUUGGAAAAGCACAGGACUAGAUGAUCCGUGUUCCUCUUGGCUCAAAUAUUCUAUGACGGCAGCCCAAUUAUUACUUCACUUAUGAAGACCCAGGGCCAGAGAAGUGAAACGUAAACGUGCUUAAGGUCACACAGCUAAUAAGUAAUAGGACUAGAACCAGGUUUCUCUACUGCUAAUCCAGGCCUUGCCCCACUCUUCCAUUAGGCCUCACAAAUGGUAGAAUUUUUAUCACUGUAACCUAGUGCAUUUUUUUUUAAGGUGAAAUCUCUCCCUUACCUAACACGCAGACUUCUUCAGAAGAUAUAAGUGGUCCCAGAAGCCAGGUAGAAAGCAUUUUUUAAGAUCGAUCUGAAUUUAAGUUUUACCAAUGUACUCUUCAUCUGUGUGACUAGUGCCUGGUACAUAGUAGGUGCUCAAUAAAUGUAUAUUGAAUAACUGAA